UGUCUCUUGUCAAAGAUGCGGCUUCAUGUUCUUCAAUGGGUUUAUAAUUUUAACAGAAUUCUCUAGAGAAAUUUGAGACUAAAAUGCUAUAAUCUUACACAGGAAGACAUCCAGGUAUGUCAGGCUGUAGUAAUUAUGCUGAGAAUUUGUGGAAGAAGGGAAAAUGUUCGAACUGUUUUCGAUCUAAAGAGCAGCAUUUCACUGGCACCAAAGACGUUCCUCAUGCAAAUGGCGAUUCUUGUCUCAUAAAAAGCAACCACGAGGCUUCUAAAUCACCGAAUAUUAAAACCAAUGGACUUCCUAACAGUAAAAGACAAACGUCUUCGGAGGUGAGUGUUGACGGAGAGGAAUUUAUCAAAAGAGGGACUGUAAAACGAGCCGGGAUAGUUUAUCGAGCGCCGGGUUCUGAAUUCUCUAAGAGGCUGUCGUCUUAUCAAGCAACACUUCGUAUUAAUGAUUCUUCCUCUAGUGAAACACAAAACACAGCGUUGUCGGCAGACAACAGGGGAACCACUGACUCGCUGGAUAAGCCUAAACCUGUUUAUAUUUCGACAAGGGAAAGAACUGCUUCUAAGGCCUCACAUGAUUCAGAAGAUGACAAAAAUGUGAGGUGUUCUGUUUGGAGCAGUGAGUCAUCAAUAACUGAACCCAAAACACAUCUUCAUGACUCAAAAAAUAACGUAAAUAAUAAUGCUAACGAGAAUUUCAGAUGUGCUGCCAGUGCAGAUUUGCCCAAGGAAAAGGAAAUUUCGAGGAAUAAUAAAGUCGAAGCAGAUGAUAUAAAGCAAGAUCAAGUGAAUAAAAGAGACGUAAGUGUCAAAGAAUCAAGACAGUACGAAAAUUCAUCGAUCAGUCAAAGAAAAAAUACGCGAGAAGAAAAAAACUUGAAUAUGGAUUCCAAAUCUAUUGAAUCUAAUGGAAAAGACGGGGAAUAUAUGCAAAUGAAAAAUAAUGUCUGUCGAGGUAUGGAAGAUGAUAACAAAACAGAUGUAGAUGCAACAGAUAAGAUUCAAUCUACAUAUACAUGUGAGUCGGAUGACAAAACUAAACGGAUUAUAAAUAAAAGUGACUCGCUUACUUCUGCAAAUAAACAAAAUGGUGUUAUAAGCCCCAAUAAUAUUAUCAAAGACGUUUCAGAUAGACCAUCGAAUGGGCCUAUUGAACCAAGACAUAUCAAUCAUACCUCUUCCAGCUGUGAAACACAAGAGACUUUAAAUUUAGAACCUCAUUAUGAAAAUCGUCGGAGCAUAGACAGCGAUGGAAAGGACAGUUUGUCUAGUAACUCUCCUGUAUUAGAAAGACCUUUUAUUUCUAGUGUAUUGUCAACAGCAGACAGACCUGAAAGCAUUGCUUUUAAAGUUCAAAGUGAUCUUGGAGAGUUAAGAGAAUCUUCAAUAUUUGAAGACAUUGUUGUGGAACCCAGUGAGACGUCAAACAAUUCAGAUUCUUCUAAGGCUAGCUCAAGUAUGCCUAGUUCUCCAGUUACUGACACUAAAACGAGCACUGAAUCACAAAGAAAUAAAUCUACUAAUGGUAAUGGUGAGCCAUUUGAUUCACAUCCAAGAACAGGCAAACAGCAAGGAACUAUCGAGAGACGGCAUUCCAAUCCUGAUGUAACUAAGCUAGUAGAGGGGCCAUGUUAUGCUAAUGCAGAUGUCAAACCUAAAACCAAACCAUAUAAGGUUGUUGAUAUCAGUGCAGGGAUACCUGUUCAUUGCAAUGAGGAUGAACAUGCUGAUACCCCACCACUACCCCCUAAGGAAAAGGAAUUGAACCGUCAAAAAGAGGAUUCCAUCCCAGACCACUAUUACUGUGAGCCCCCAGAUGAUAUUGUACCAGACUAUAAGAAGCUAACUCCACAGAAUAAGGACCCUCCACCUAUUGAGAUCAAAAAGGACCCAGAAAAAGGGGUCCCUCCAUUACCAAAGGCUGGUCCAGUCCCAAGGCCCAGAUCACAGUUGCCAUCACACAGUGCCACUCUUCCUCGGCCAGUACCUAGAGCAGUUAAGGUGGAAGUAGAUAUAAAGGAUGUCACUCGUGGUAGUCGUCCAGUGUCUCAAGUAGUUACAAGAACUCACAAAAAGGAAGCCCCCAAACCACCAUCUACCAGUUCUAUCCCUUCACGUAAGCACACCAGUGAUUUAACCCCACCCACCUCUCCCACAGGAAAACAUUCACCAGGUUCUCCAGAGUGCUCUCAAUAUCAGGGAUCUGGUAAUACAGUUGACAGUAAAGAUCCAACAAUCAAGCCAAAACGUAUGGCUCCUCCUCCUCCUAAAGCAGCAAAUUCAACAGGACGUGUUUCCUCUCAAAAAGAAACACAAAUCGAAUCUCCUAGAGACUUUCCCACCCCCUCCCCCGCCGGCCAGUAUAAACAACCAGAGAGCAGUCAGUCAAGCAAAGCCCAGUCCAAGUCAGGAUCAGGUAUUAAGAGAGCAUUAUCCUCAUGGAAGAGGCUAAGCGGCCGACGAAAAAAUAAAAGAAAACUUGAGAUAAGUUCACCUAUCUUAGUUAAAGAGGAAAACGAAAGUAAUUCAGCGCAGAAGGAAGAAAUGGAAAAAAAGGUAUCAGAAGCUCGCUCCACUAGUCCUGUAUGUACCAAUAUCAAGGACAGGCAGAGGGAUAGUACUAUAUUGAGCCAGAAACCCCCUGAAGAAGCCCAACCCGUGGUAGGAACAGAAGUAAAGGAAGCCAACUCGUCUCCACAGUUACCUGCACGUAAAUCCGGGCGAUCCUAUCAGAAUUUUCCUUUUUCCAAAACCGACAUUAAAAAGCCUGUAAAGCCUAGUCGCCCUGCAAGAGCCGUGAUACCAGUUGUACAGGUUAAACCCGAAGUCAAUCAAAAGCCCAUGAGCCAGAACAUCCAGCAUGAAGCCCCCGCAUACCUUGAGCCUUGUACAGGGCAACUGACACUAAAGGUCGAGGCUGCCCUUGCAAAUUUAAAUGAUGCUAAGAUCUUAGCUGAGACACUGACUAGAGUAGAACAAGAGAAACUGGGUCCUUUACCAGAAGUACCUAGGUCUCGGCACGUGCACUUCCGUUUUAACGAAACCGCAGAUAAGACUGGUAAACCCGCCCCAAAACAAUCACCAAAACGCCCUGUCACAGCAGUGGCGCCGACGGUUGUAAAUAGGCAAGCCGACAUGAAGUCCCGGCAACCGAAAUAUCCUUCAAGGCCUCCCAACACGAAGCCUUUUGCUAGUGACGAAAAGAAACGAUCCAAAAGCCUGAGCGAACAGAAAACGGCAGAGACUGGUACUGGGAAUUCAAGGUCGAGAAGUAUGUCCACUCAAGAUAAUCCGGUGAAGAAACGUUAUGAUAAAAUACUGGAACUACACAGGCAGACGCUAGAAGAUAUGAUAAACAGCAGUAAAGCAGUGUUAUUACCAGGUGAUAACAUUAGCUUGUCGAAUACUAAAUGGAAUGAUUACGUGGUCUGUGGGUCGCCGAUGGAUAUAGAUGUUCCUGGUGCUGUGUGUUUACCUGUUGUAUGUCCUAAGGUGGAUGAAGAAUUGACCCUUCUAGCCAAGGUUAAAUUUCCCAAGUCUGUGACAGAAGACAUGUCGCAGCGUACAGCAUACAUGCAGGACAUGGCUGUUACGGUGUCACUCCCAUCCCAUCCUAAUGUUUCUCGCACCAUCACCCACUUUACUGACUACUUACAAGGGGAGGUGUUUGGCGUCAAAAAUGCAUCCGACUUUGAGACCCUGGUCACCAUCACAGAUCAAGUUCCAGUGGAAUCCGUUUUAGAAUUUGUGGAACGCACUAAAGAAGAGCACCUGGAGCUUCCGGAUGAAUAUGAAAGAAAAGUUUGUAUUUUACUACUUCAGUUGUUCAGUGCUCUCGUUCAUUUACACAAAGAAGGGAUCGUUCAUCGAGAUAUUAGAUUAAAUAGCUUACUUCUUCUCGACCAUGGCCAUCUUGUUUUAUCAAACUUUAGUCACGUCCUUCAGAAUUCUGGGGGAGACAAUUCAUCAUCAAGAUUUGAAUAUCAUAUUGAUAGUGUUGGACACAUCGGCCGUGACCCGUGUAGGAUCCCCCCGGAAAUCCAUAAGGCUUAUAACUGUGGUAAAUUGAUGAACUAUGAGAAGUGCGACGUGUUCGCUGUUGGUUGUUUGAUAUACGAGCUUUUGCACGAAAAUAAUCCUUUUGCUGCAGAUUCGAGUCUAUUAACUCGAGAUUACACCAUCCACGAUUUACCGAUGUUAACAGAAGCGUCACGAUUCACUAGGGGCCUAGCUGCUCUCGCCUCAGGCCUCUUACAGCGUGACCCACAGAUGCGCAUGCUCCCUGAUGAAGCCUUAAAGCUGCUGCAAGCGUAUCUAUGGGGACCAGAGGAUCUAGACGAAAGCUGUCUUGAAUCAUCGGCCAGUGAUUGGCUGGAAACCGAACGAGCUCAUGCUGUUAUUAUGAUUGCACGCAGUCAGUCUCACGGUAGUGUAGUUGGAGGCGAUGAAUUCGUCGAAAACUUUCUCAAGUAUGAAUACUUAGUUACAUUAACAGAAGAGGUGGUCCUGGAAGGGUAUAAUGCUCUUGCACUUCAAAAUUCAUCAAAUCUUGCUGCUACUAUCUAGGAUAAAAAGUCAUUUUAUUGUUAGCGUCUGGCAUUUAUCUGAUAACGACGAAGGGGACGGGGGUCUAAACUGUCGGUUACAGUAGUACAGGAUAUGAUAGCUGACGAAAUGAAAAAAGAAAAAAUAUGAAAUCAAAAGAGAAGCAUACAAUAUAGUUGGGUGAGAUUUGUACCACUCUUACAGACCAUCUUAACGUGAGGUCGUGGCGAGUCACGUGAUAUUAGUAUGCCAAAUAAGAUCGUAAACAAAGUAUACGUUAAACGAAAGUGGGAACGCUUUGUUUCAAAACUAAUUUAACGUCGCACACUCGUAGAGUGGGUCUUGGGAAAUGUUUGAUGUUAUAUUUAUGUUAGAUUAACUUAAAGUCGAAUUUACCAAAUUCAUACACCGAAGCGAUUGACCAAUUUUGAAUGAAUAUAUUGUUCUGGACUGAUUAGCCUCGUGUUCACGUGUAAAAAUAAACGCCUUUUCUCGUGUAUGAAAGACUAUUCAGUCCAGAACAAUAGCUCAUCAAAAUGCUGGUCAUAUUUUAAUUUGGAGUAUGAAAGUAGGUUUUGGUGAGAACCAUAAUGCGCAUGUUCGGAAGUGUGUGGGAAAAUAUAGUAAACACGUAGACACGUAUCACCGUAGAUUCGUAAAAAAUAAAAACGUUUUAUCCAGAUAUGCUGAUUUGAUGAUAUAUUUGAACCUUUUGCUUUCUAUGUUUUCCGUACAUGCGCAGUUCAUUUUCUAUUUUAAAAUUAAUCACAAAAAGCCAGCGAAUUUCUAAUAUAAAGAUUCACCGCUAUAUUCUAAAAUAUUAGAUUAAUUUAAAAUUAACUAUUCUCAAUAUUUAAAUUAAGAAAUAAAAGUAAUCACACGCAUUUAAAAAUAGUGUUAAGCAUUACUAAUUUGAAGCAAAGCGGGAACUUGAAUACGUGUGCUUUAGGGUGAUGUUUUUCCCUAUCAGAGCACAUAUAGUUUUAUCUCGAGUUUUUGCUAGACGUUUUCAAGCUCUUGCACUGUUUUAUUAAGUCCAAACUCGAAUCGGAAUGAUUUUUCUUAUCUGACCAUCUUCCAUAACCUCAGGACAAGAGUAAGACAUUCACUUGAGGAUACCACCGUACCCUUGAUUGAAUGUCUUGUUUUUGUGUAAAGAGGUAAACUGGGCACCAUGGAAGAUAUCGUGACUGAGUGAAUCUAUAAUAUAAUGUAUUUUUUCAAACCUUAAGGGAAAAAAAUGGAUAUUCCUCAUGGGAUUUACAUGUCGUUUGCAAUCUGAAAACGUUACACCAUACUUCAAAAAAUCUAAAGGUAGUUACUUUUAAAGUAGAAUAUAUGGAGUAACCUCAAUAGAGGUUCCAGUCCCAGUUGUUUUAAAAGUUGAAUUUUUAUGCUAGAUAGAAAAUGUUGGACAGACAUGAUUUGAUCAUAUUAAAUGCAUAUGCAAAACUGGAAGCAAAGAACGAAUAAAGUUAUGAUAGAUUUGAAUUCUAA